CCGUCCAGGCAAGCCCCUGAAAGCCCGAUAGCCCCAGUGCGGACAUACGUUUACGAACAGAAAGGAGUAUGCACGGAGAACCGAGCACCCGGCUAUCUUAUCAGUCGUUCCUCUGCUUCAACGAUGCUGUAACAUAAAUACGCUGGACGGUGGGGGGCCAACGAACUCUCACGUCCUUCGUUCUGCAUCUGUUCACCAUGGCCGACUACGAGACCGUCGUAAAGAACGAGCGCGCCCGUCUUGACGCGUCCAUCCCCGCCAAUCUCCGUCUCCCGUCCGAGCUCCUCGCGAACCUGCCAAAGGACGUGUCAGGGAUUCCAGAGACAUGCGGGCUACUCACUGAGGAACAGAUCCGGAUCACGCGCUUGGAUGGCACCGGUCUCGCACAAGAGAUCGCCUCGGGAAAGAUCACCGCAGUAGACGCGGUGACCGCCGUUGCAAGUCGUGCGGCGAUCGCGCAGCAAUUGACGCACUCGUUGACCGAGUUCUUCCUCGAGGAAGCGCUCGAGCGCGCCCGUCAGCUCGAUGAGAUUCUCAAGACGACAGGGAAGACUCUUGGGCCCCUGCACGGUGUCCCGCUUUCAAUUAAGAAUCAAAUCGACGUUAAGGGUCAUGACACGCCCUCGUCGUUCUCCUCAUGGGUCGGCAAGAUGGUGGCGAAAGAAGAUGCGACGCUCGUCGCAAUCCUCCGCUCGGCAGGCGCCGUGUUCUACUGCACGACGAACAUGCCGCAGACGAUCAUGCACCUCGAGACGCACUCGUACAUGGCGCGCACGCUGAACCCGUACAACACCGACCUCGCCCCAGGAGGGUCCUCCGGAGGCGAGAGCUCCUUGGUGGCGAUGAAGGGCUCGAGCUUCGGCGUAGGCACUGACAUCGGUGGUUCCGUCCGUUCGCCUGCUGCGGCGUGCGGCCUCUAUUCGCUACGUCCAACCGCAUAUCGCAUACCCUAUGGAGGCAUCUACGCUUCCUGCAAGGGUGCGGAAGGCGUCAUCUCCGUCGCGGGUCCCCUCACGCGCUCCGUACGUGACGUGAAGCUGUUCAUGAACACUAUUCUCUCUGCACAGCCGUGGCUGGAGGACCCGCUUAUCGUGCAGCUGCCCUGGCGGCCGGCGGAUGAAGCGAAGAAGCUGCGCAUGGGAUACAUGGUGCACGACGGGAAUGUGCACCUGCAGCCACCGCUCCGGCUGGCCCUCGAGAAGGUCGUCAGCGUCCUGAAGCAGCGCGGGGCGGAGAUCGGCAUCGAGACGGUGGAAUAUAAACCGUGGCAGCAUAAGGAGGGCCUCGACAUCGUGCGCAGCCUGUAUUUUGCGGACGGUGCGAAGGACGUAACAGGCAUCCUCGCCGCGAAUGGCGAGCCGCUCAGGCCACUGACUGAAUGGGUGCUAUCUAACCCGCUGGUGCGCGAACACACGGUGAACGAGCUCUGGGAGCUGUGUGCGAGGCGCGACGCAUACCGCACGGCUUACGCGAGGCACUGGAACAGCUUCGACAUUGACGUGCUUCUCUGUCCUGUGGGCCCUGGUCCCGCGCCGCGCCACGACACGGCCAAGUACUGGGGCUAUACCGCGCAGUGGAACCUACUCGACUACCCUGCGGCGGUGUUCCCGACUGGCAUGCGGGCCACAGGUACAGAACCCAUCGAUGAAGACUUUGAGGCGUUUGGCGAGGAUGACCAGAUUAACCACGAUGCCUACAAGCCCGAGUACUUCGAAAACGCACCGCUGUCACUGCAGAUGGUGUCCAAGCGGUGGAAUGAUGAGCUCGUGAUGGAUGCAGUCUCGCGCGUUGACCGGAUCUUACACGGAGCUCAGUGAAGCUCGUUGCAAGACAUUAUACAUAAAGGGGACCCCAGUUGGCUCGAGGUGAGCACAGCUCGCAGUCUAGCGAACGGAGUACGCCUCGGAGCCGGCAGGGUGGACGGGUCGUAUUGAAGACAACUCUAAGAUUGUAUCACCAAUGUACCUACGACAACGAGAAGCGACUAUAUUACUUAUACAUGUAGUUCAGGGCCUU